GUCUCACUUCCAUCUCGUAUCGUGAGUCUCCGGUCGAACGCUACACGGACGAUCUUGCCGGUGACUCACCCGAAUCCACCGGCUGUCCCGCUUCAGCACAGCAACAAGCAAACGUUCCAAGAUGAAGGGGUUUAUGAAGGCGGUCAACCGCACGCCGCACCAGCUUACUAGCCGGAUAGGCAUGACCAAGAAGUCCAGCGACCCAGAGUUUGACGACUUUAACCGGAAAUUCACCGCCAUCGAAGCCGGGACGGAAAAGAUCCUCAAAGACUCUGGCACCUUCCGAGAUGCCGUCCAGACGCUCUUGUACUCGGGCUCGUCGUUUUCGAACUCGUUCAACACUCUUUUCGCCCCGCUCGGUGCCGAGUACAACCUCGGGGCCAAGUUUCCCAACUCGGAGGUGACGAUCCAGAAUAUCGGGAGUUACCAGGCGUUGAUGGAGGAACUGCGGGAGACCCUGAAUCCCGAGCUCGAACUGAUCGACUCGAGGGUGAUCGUACCUUGCAAGGAGCUCCAGGAUAUCUGCAAGCGGAUCCGAAAGACGAUCGUCAAGCGGGACCACAAGUUGGUCGACUUCGACCGUCAUAACAAUUCGCUCAACAAACUCAGGGAGAAGAAGGAAAAGAGCUUGAGCGACGAGAAGAACCUCUUCAAGGUCGAGCAAGAUUUCGAGAUUGCAAGCAACGAAUAUGAACAUUGGAACACCCUCGUCAAGCAGGAACUGCCCCACUUUUUCCAGCUCUCGACCUCGUUCAUCGAGCCCAUCUUCCACAGUUUCUACUAUAUGCAACUCAACUGUUUCUACUUGAUGCAAGAAAAAUUGCAAUCGUUCGCCGAUGGCAAGUACGAUCUCUCGAGGACCGACGUAGAGAACGUCUACUUCGAGCAACGUGGAGAUGCGGCCGAGCAUCUGGAAGAGUUGACCAUCACCAAGCGGAUGGUCUCGACUGCCAAACUCAUGGCAGACCGUCGGGUCGCCUCUGGUAGCAGCUAUGGAGGCAAACCUGGAAUCGGAAGAACCUCUUCGAUCUCGUCGUCCAUCAAGUCUCCCAGCCUCGCUCGACAGCCUUCAACAAGCAAAUACGGUUUGCCGCCUCCCGUCCCGGCGCCCAUGGUCGCGGCGCCUCCUCCUUACACUACGGGAGAGAAGAGCGGUGCCGGGCUCACCUCGGCCGGCUCGAUCAAGAAGGCACCUCCCCCACCCCCGCCGAUGAAGCGAGCGGCAUCCAACGUACCGCCCGCCGAGUAUUGCGUCGCCUUGUUCGAUUUCGCUGCUCAGGCUGAAGGCGAUCUCAGCUUCUCCGUUGGAGACAGGAUUCAGAUCAUCGAACGUAGCGAAUCUCAGGAUGACUGGUGGACAGGAAAGGUUCAUGGUCAGACAGGUUCCUUCCCCGGAAGCUACACCCAGCUCGAAUAAGGCCCGUGUAGAAACGGACAAGGAUGACCGUAAGCGAGCUUCUGACAUUUGGGGCAUAAUCUCGAUCGUCGGCGUUCCGAGCUCUCUACGCGGCUUGAUGUGGAUUUCUUGUUUCACUUUGCAAUCUUGUAGAUGUUAAUAUUAAAUUUCGAUGAGGACGCGCUAU